AUGGCACCCGGAGAGUCGAAAGACGAACGCGACAAACGAGUUGCUAAACUCUGGGAAACACUGGAUACUCGAAAUGAGGGCCAUAUCGACUUGACUGGGUUGAAGAAGGGUCUCAAGAAGAUCGAUCAUCCUUUGAAAAAUGCAGAUGAUAUGGUAGUCAGUGUCGUCCGAGAGGUAGACACGAAUGGCGAUGGGCGUAUAGACCAAGCUGAAUUUCGAGCAUUUCUCAACCAAACCGAGGACAGCCUAUGGAAAAUGUUUGAGAGCAUCGAUCGCAAUCAUAAUGGAGAAAUCGACAAGCUGGAACUGCGAAAUGCCUUUUCGCGUUCGGGAUUAACAGUCUCCAACGCCAACCUCGACCGGUUUUUCGCCCAAGUGGAUAAAAACAACGACGGCGUAAUCUCUUACACGGAAUGGAGGGACUUCCUCCUCUUUCUCCCCCUCCACUCCCCGACCGACCUCAACGCAGUCCUCUCAUACUACACGGCCACGGGCAAUCUAAACCCGGAAGGAGAUGUCCACAUCAAUGACCUGCAGGGUUUAGGUACAGACCAUCCGUUUCUUAAACCUCAUCUUUUGGCCAUUCAGCACCUUUUGUACAACAUCUUGUCAUUCCCCGCCCUGGCCUCCCUCCUUCCUUCAGUCCAUGCGGAAGUCAACCAUGUCUCAAAACUCGGUCUCGUUGUCGAGGAUGAAAAUUUCUCGUUAAACAACGACUUCGAAGUAGAGUGGUUGACUAUUCCUCAGACUACCGCCAUGCGGAUGUUUUUCCGAUAUUAUGGACGGAAGUUGACCGAAAAUACCCCUCAAUUAGGCUAUUUUUUCGCAGGUGGAAUCGCGGGAGCCCUGUCAAGAACGGCUACUGCCCCCCUCGACCGUCUUAAAAUCUACCUCAUUGCUCAAACUGGCCCCAAAGAAUCCACCGUUCGUGCGGCGAAGGAUGGAGCCCCGUUGGCUGCGGCCGGGAAUGCUUCAAAAACACUAUUCGAUGCGCUCAAGGAAUUAUGGCGAGCUGGAGGAAUACGGAGUCUGUUUGCAGGAAAUGGCUUGAACGUGGUAAAAGUCAUGCCAGAAUCUGCCAUCAAAUUUGGCGCUUACGAGUCUGCGAAACGAAUGUUUGCACGACUUGAAGGACACAAUGACCCCAAACGACUCCUUCCCACUUCACAAUUUAUGUCCGGUGGCUUUGGUGGAAUGGUUGCCCAAUGCUUUGUUUACCCCCUGGACACUUUGAAAUUUCGCAUGCAGUGCGAGACUGUGAAAGGCGGCCCCAAAGGCAACCAGCUUAUUGCAGCCACCGCGAGGAAGGUGUGGAACAAAAACGGCCUCAUUGGCUUCUUCCGCGGUCUUCCGCUUGGCCUGGUGGGCAUGUUCCCUUACGCCGCAAUCGAUUUAUCGACAUUCGAGUACCUCAAACGAACCCUCAUCGCCAAAAAGGCUCGCGAGCACGGCUGCCACGAGGAUGAUGUUCCUCUUGGCAACUUCGCGACAGGUGCGAUCGGCGCUAUCAGUGGAGGAUUCAGUGCCUCCAUUGUAUACCCUCUUAACGUCCUCCGCACUCGACUCCAAACACAGGGUACCAUCAUGCACCCGCCUACAUAUAGUGGCAUUGGCGAGGUUCUCAGCAUUACCCUCAAAGCAGAAGGCCCCCGAGGCCUCUACAAAGGACUCACCCCCAACCUUCUCAAAGUAGCACCUGCCAUGUCCAUCAGCUACGUGGUCUAUGAAAACGCGAAGCGCAUGCUUGGUCUCCGGUGA